GGCUCGAUUGGUCGGCCUCCCACGGCGCCGUAACGGUCGCAGAGGCGGGGCCCCAGGCAGCGGAGCUGGCCCUGCUGGGCGCGCUGCUGGUGGGAGACGGGCGGCCGCGGAAGGCAAAUCAAAAUUUUUCACGGCCAGUCUCUACUUCUUUGGUUCUGCAAAGGAAAACUGUAUCUCCAGCAGCCCCUCAAGUCCAGCAGUCCAGUAUAUCAUCAAACAGACUCAUGACUGAAAAACAGCAGGAAGAAGCAGAAUGGGAGAGCAUAAACGUGCUGUUGAUGACGCAUGGCUUAAAACCUUUAGUUCUAGUCAAAAGAACAGAUCUUAAAGAUCUCAUCGUUUUUGACAAACGGUCAUCACAAAGGAUGAGACAGAACUUGCAAACGUUGAUGGAAGAAACAGCGCGUCAACAGAAUGUGAUCCAGGAGCUCAUAGAAACUAAUCAGCAGCUUAAAAAAGAACUUCAACUAGAAAAAUGCCGAGCAGUAGAUCAGGAACAACGAGCUAAUGACUUGGAAGAAAUAAUGGAGGGUGUGAAAUCCAAAAUUGGUGAAUUGGAGGAUGAAUCCAUAAAUAGAGUUUGCCAGCAGCAGAAUAAAAUGAAAGAUCUUCAAAAGGAGCAUAAAGCUUUACAGGCUCACUGCGAUGGACAAUGAAAAAUUCUCCACAAGGAUAUCUGUAGAUUAUCAAAGGAGGAGGAAGAGCGCAUUGCCACUCAAAACAGAGUAUUUUCUUAUCUCUGCAAAAGAGUUCCUCAUACCAUCUUGGAUAGACAGUUGCUUUGCCUAAUUGACUACUAUGAAUCCAAAAUUAGAAAACUUCAUAAACAAAGGCAAUAUAAAGAAGAUGAAAGUCAGUCGGAAGAAGACUACAGCAGCCUUGAUGCCUCACCAACUUAUAAAGGCCUUCUACUGUCAUUACAGAAUCAACUGAAGGAAUCAAAAUUUAAGAUUGAUGCACUUUUAAGUGAAAAGCUGAAUCUCCAAAAAGAUUUGGAAACCAGGCCCACACAGCAUGAAUUAAUACUUUAUAAACAACAGGUGAAGAAACUGGAGAAAGCCCUAAAGAAAAGCAUCAAAUUACAAGAUUGUCUCAGUCAAAAGACUGAGGACACAGAGAAAAAAGAUGACCCCCGCAAAGAUAACCAGCAACAGGCCCUAAUCGACCAGAGAUGCUUUCAGGUACUGAGUAGCAUCAAUUCAAUUAUUCACAAUCCAAGAGCUCCAGUAAUACUUUAUAAACAGAGCAAAGGAGGAGUCCAACAUUUUAAUAAAAAUUUUGAUCAAGAUUGUGGAUUUGAGCAUCUUGUUCCUAUCCUAGAAAUGUGGGCAGAUCAACUGACUUCCCUAAAGGAUUUGUAUAAGUCCUUGAAAACACUAUCUGCAGAAUUGGUGCCUUGGCAUAAUUUAAAGAAGCAGGAUGAAAAGGAAGGUAUCAGAGUUGAAGAUCUGUUGUUUAUAGUAGAUACCAUGUUGGAAGAAGUUGAAAAUAAGGAAAAGAGCUGGGGAGGCUAUAGUUCAUCCUCAUUGUGUGUGCUGGUAAGCACAGUUGGAAAAUUGUGUAGGCUGAUUAAUGAGGAUAUGAAUAAACAGGUUAUGCAGGUAUUGGGACCUGAGGACCUCCAAAGCAUUAUCAUCAAAUUGCAAGAACACGAGGAAUUUUUUCCAGCGUUUCAGGCAUUCACUAAUGAUCUACUUGAAAUCUUAGAAAUUGAUAACUUGGAUGCCAUUGUACCUGCAGUAAAGAAAUUAAAAGUACUUUCAUACUGAAAACAAAUCA